AUGCACAAACUAUCGCGAACGCCGCUGGCCUCGCUGAUAUGUCCGUCAGCUCCAUUUCUCGCCCCUCGUCUACUUCAGACCACGGUGCCUGUAGCCACAGCGACUGCACCCUUGCUGCAGACAUCACCACGAGCAUCGUAUGCAACCAUCGCCAGGGGAAAUCGAGCAGAUGGCAAGUCGAUCUCUCGCAAGGGCAAUUCCCUUGGCAUGUACUCGAGAACAGCGGAACGUAGCAAGAAAAAGACAUUGGCGCAAUCCUUUGACCAUUUGCUGGCGCAGUUGCGGGAAGCCUGCGAAGUACGCAAUGUCCAGCAGGUCAUGGACCUGUACCCGAUGCUGCUCGAAGCGGGCGUGCUGAACGCAUACGAUACUCGACGCAUCGCGCAGACACUACAUGUGCGCACACGGAUGGCAACUGACAAUAAGAUACGAGCCGAGCUCUUCACGUUCGCCCAAAAAGUCGUCGCCGACCUACGUUCCGGCGCCCUCAAACCCCACCACUCCGCCUACGUCCAUUUCUUCGGUAUUUUCAAAGACUGCAAACGCUUCGAAGAGGGCCACGAGCUUUGGCAAUGGCUCGUCGAUCAGGAUGAACGCCAUGUGUCGGCCGGUGCAUACGGCGCUGCGAUCGAGCUCUUAGCUUACGGUCGUUUGAUGCUGUUGCCCGAACUUGAAAGCCUGUAUCUCGAUGGCCUCAAGCGCUUUCCUGGUACUUUUGCCCAGUAUCAUCUCGCUCCUGAUGCUAUCGUGCCAGAUCGCACCCAGCCCACGACCAUUGCUGGCAUUCCCAUGAUCUUGCUACAGGGUAUCCUUACUGCACGUAUCCUAGCACGCGAUUGGAGGAAUGCCUAUCUGGCUCUGGAUACAGCCCUUCGCCUAUAUCCUUCGCAGGUGCCUCCGCGCUACUUUGAGCUAUUCAUGGCAGAAAGACCCCUUUCGGAAGCGUAUUCAGCAUACAUGCUAGCCUGCCGUGCUGGCAUCGUCAUUUCACCAACCCAUGUCACAGCACUGCUCGCCAAGAUGCGAGCUGCAAUCGAGGCCUCGCGAUCUAUGGCUGAUCGCAUGAUGCUUGUUCGCGCCACCGCCAACGCCUUGUAUGCCUCCAUAGAGGCUGGUGGCCAGCUUCAGAGCAUCCAUGUCGGAAUACUCAUUCAGGCCAUGACGCAGCUGUUGCCUGAUACCAUAGAGCGAGGCCUGACUGACAAAGAGGCCCCAUUACGCGACUCCAUUGUUGCUGCUGUGCACGACAUCAUGUCAGGUCUCAUGUCCGCGGGUAUGACUCCUCAGAUUCAUCCUUUCGAUGCUCUGAUCACGCUCUCUGGGAAAUUGCGCGUCCCAAGCCUUUUGACAAGUACUCUACAAGAUCUCAAAGCAGCCAAUAUGGAGCUAGGUCCUGUUGCCACACGCGAUGCCAUCAGCGCAGCCGGCUUGCUUGGCAACACCGAAGUGAUUGAGGAACUCUGGGAACGCAUUGUGACAAAGGCAGAAACUGACAGCUCGGGAAUUGGUUUUGGAGACUGGAUCACUUUGACCAAAGCAUGUCGACGUGCCAACCACAAAGAGUACUUUUGGGCACAACUCGCUCGGUUGCCACAUGCGAUUGAGCAAGGCGUUGAGAAUCACAUCAAGCAGCAAAUCGAUCAAGAAAACACUGUCACUGAUACAGUUUCAUUUGACUACAUGACUGUAGAGCAAUUUUCAUCCGAGCUCGAUGCGCUCAAAAGUCAAAUGGUAAACAUCGAAGCCGUUCUCAUGUCUGGACAGCCACUGGAUCUUCUGAAGACUCCUUUCUAUAUGCACCUCAAUCCAGAGCACGUUUCCCUGGCCUCAACCGAGAACAUGCGGACCGUGUACGAUCAAUACUCCACUGAUCCACAUCAGCCACCGCCCGCAACUUUAGAUGAAGCAUCUGGAACCAGUGUACCAAAAAGUCCCACAGGCAUUCCACUCGACGAGUUACGGUUCCAGAACUGGGUCACCAUCUUGAACAUGAUGUCCGACGCCGAAGCCUACGAUCUCGACCUUCAAUCUACCAUCAAUGCAGCCAUCAAAGCAGGCAAGCCGCUCACAGGAUACCCGGAAAUUCUACGCCUACGCCAGGGCCCAGAGGUACAGUACACCACGAUCAUCGGGCUACGUACGCGCAUAGCAACGCUCCGUGCGUCGCAACCUGUCGACGUACCCCGAUUCCGCUACACCGUGAGCGAUUCACCCAAGAAUAGCAUUGAUGCGCCCAUGGCGUACGAUCCGAGCCGGAACAAGUGGCGCAUAAGAAGUGGGAGGCUGGUCAAGUACACACAUCCACCGGCGGAAGAGCGCCUGCAACCUGUGCAAGAGGGCGCGCUCAAGGUACCGAAGCUGUCAUACUAUCUGGGGAUGGAAUCGAGUCAUGAACGCUCGACGGGGAAGCCAAGAUCUGUUUCGCAGUUUCGAAAGGUUAAUUUGAAUAAGCAGGGGGUGGAGGACCAAGCACCUGCUAGAUCGUCAGAUGAGCAAAAUACUAGUGGAGGUGCUGCUGCUGCUACGCACACCUCGCCAUCAUGA